ACAUUUUGCUUUAGAUGAAAAAGGUGCAAUUUCAAAUACCUGCUGAGUCAUCUGACAGCUCAUUGGGCCCUGUGCUCUGACAUCCUAGCCGGUGUCAUAGAAUGACACUUUCUACAAUGAAUGAAAAAUGCUUACUAAUACUGUGACAUGGCAUCUUCCGUUACUUCUGUUUCGAGAAGAAUUGUAUGUUACUCUAUCGGAGCAAUGCUUGUAAGCUAAGGUAAUUUCCCAAGGAUGGAGCAGAACCAGAAUACUAAUCAGCAACCUGAACAGCAACCAGUACCUCCUGUAAAUAGCUCUGAAGAAUUUCCUCCUCAAAAUCACUUAGAGAAGCAAAGUGAAAAAUCGCCUCCCAGGCCUCUGUCCCCUGAGAGUGCGGCGCAUUCUCAGCCUGAAAUAAAGCUCUGCGAUAUAUCUGAGGAGCUGAGCCGGCAGCUGGAGGACAUUAUUAAAACCUAUGGGUCAGCCACCAGCCUGAUGGAAGAAAGGAAUAUGAAGGAAACAGACAAGCCUGAGAAGGGGGAAUCAUUUAACAAUGAGGAUGCAGAAUAUGAAGAUGUCCACGACGAGGCAGAGAAAGAACAAGUCGCUUCUGGGGAUGCCUCCGGAUCGAAGGAAUCAGCUAUUCCUAAGGAACAAAAACUGGAGAAGAAAAUCCUGAAGGGACUAGGGAAAGAAGCUACCCUGCUGAUGCAACACUUAAACAAGCUGAAUACCCCAGAAGAGAAGCUGGACAUUUUAUUUAAGAAGUAUGCUGAACUGCUGGAAGAGCAUCGUACUGAACAGAAAAAGCUAAAAUACCUACAGAAAAGACAGUCCCAGCUGGUGAAAGAGAAGAGCCAGUUGCAGAGUGAACACAGUCGAGCUAUCCUUGCCCGAAGCAAAUUGGAGGGUCUUUGCAGGGAGCUCCAGAGACACAACAGAACCUUGAAGGAAGAGACUCUUCAGCGGGCAAGAGAAGAAGAGGAGAAAAGGAAGGAGAUCACGAACCAUUUCCAGGGCACCCUGAAUGAUAUUCAGGCACAGAUUGAGCAGCAAAGUGAGAGGAACAUGAAGUUGUGCCAGGAGAACACUGAGCUGGCAGAGAAAUUGAAGAGCAUCAUAGAUCAGUACGAAGUCAGAGAGGAGCACCUUGAUAAGAUAUUUAAGCACAGGGAGCUUCAGCAGAAACUGGUGGAUGCCAAGCUGGAGCAGUCACAGGAAGUGAUGAAAGAAGCAGAGGAGCGACAUCAGCGAGAGAAGGAAUAUCUACUGAACCAAGCGGCGGAGUGGAAACUACAGGCAAAAAUGCUGAAAGAACAAGAGACCGUUCUCCAGGCCCAGCUCAGUCUCUAUUCCGAAAGAUUUGAGGAAUUUCAGAAAACACUGACAAAAAGCAACGAGGUGUUUUCCAACUUCAAGCAAGAGAUGGAUAAGAUGACAAAGAAAAUGAAAAAAUUAGAAAAAGACACUGCUACAUGGAAAUCAAGGUUUGAAAACUGCAAUAAAGCUUUACUGGACAUGAUUGAAGAGAAAGCCAUGAGGGCCAAGGAAUAUGAGUGCUUUGUAGUGAAGAUUCAGAGACUGGAGAAUCUUUGCAGAGCUCUGCAGGAUGAAAGGAAUGUACUGUACAAAAAAAUAAAAGAUGCACAAUUCCCUGAUGAGAAAAGAGAAGAGGAAGAGGAGGAGGAGGAGGACAGUGAAGAGACACAACAGAAAGACAGCCUGGAAAAUGAAGCUGGCAAAAACUCCUCCGUUGAAGACCCAGCUGCUGAUGAGUUAUCAGCCAGCAAUGAGAAUAUCCUAAAAGAUCUGGCUGCAGCUUUUAUGGUGACCCAUCAUGUAGAAAUGCCCAUGGUAACUUCCAAUGAGGAUACUGCUGAAGAACUGCAUGGUCUACAAGCUGGAGGUGUGGUCUGUCCCUCAGAACCAACACUGCCUUCUCCCGUGCCUCAAGACACUGCAAAUUCUUCCGUACAGCCAACAGCAUCUGUUCCUAAAGCAGAAGGAUCUGAAGAGCCCUCAGCAAAGCAACAUGUUCAAGAACAUCCAAUCCUGAAACUGUCAGAUGCUGACAUGGAAGGAGUUGAUUAG